AUGCCAUACGGAAUAAGCACAACCUUAUUCAGAAAAUUAGAAUUUGAGGAAACCCUGCGAUAUGGAAAUCAACUUGCCACCUCAUUUCUUCACCUUACAGAGUUCAACACACCAGAUCGACUUACUGCAUUGGCCACAUCGAACUGUUGGUUGGCUAGAAAGAAUGUACUGCUCGGAAAGGAAACUACUCACAAGGUUUAUGAAACCUCUUUGACAGCCCACGACCGGUUUCGCCUCCCUUGGGGCUCAUCAGGUAGGCGCAGUCCCCGAGUUCCCGACAAACAUCCGACUCCGUCUCCUGGGCACCGGUUCCGGUUGCCCGUAGGUAUGAAUCACAAGGACAUUACAACAAACCGUGGUAAAGACAGUCAGAACAUAGCCGACAUCAGUUCACCAGAUCGACGAAUGCUACCCACACUGAUCUCACCACCCCCUCCGGCUCUGUGCGCACAACUAGGUCCCAUGAAAGCCAGUCCACUGAACUCCAGUUUGUCUAUGCCUCUGGGUGAUUCUCCCUUUUUGCGUUCUGCUUCCUUCUUAUCCUGUGGAGCCAGCAAUCCAGUCAAUUUGUUCCCUAUUUCCCCGACAACUUCGGACCUGACUCACCUACGUUCGUCUAACCUGAUCACAGGUCCAGCAAUUGAAAAUGCGGCCGAUUUAAAAGUCUAUGUAGAAGCCAUUGAAAGGCAACUGAAUGUGCUGCACCAGGUCGCCUCAUGUUCCAUUCGCUACGAUAUACGAGAUAUAGCGAUGCAUUGCAGUCCCCGGGUUUCCGUCAACAUUAUGUUCUACUUGAAACCGAAUUGCACGAAAUCAGCUAAAUGCACUCAUUUGCGAACAAAUUUGGUUUUGCAAGUCUCACCUGGAACCCAGCUGAAUCUCUCGUUUGUGAUAUUUCCAAGCAAGCAACUGAAUGUGCUGCACCAGGUCGCCUCAUGUUCCAUUCGCUACGAUAUACGAGAUAUAGCGAUGCAUGUUGCUGAAAAUUCUUCGACAGCCCAUGAUCGGCUUCGCCCAACUUGGAGCUCAUCAGGUAGGCGCAGUCCCCGAGGUUUCGUCAACAUUAUGUUCUACUUGAAACCGAGUUGCACGAAAUUAGCGAAAUACACUCGUUUGCGAAUAACUUUGGCUUUUUGA